AUGCAGAAAACAAUUGAACUAUGCUCACAAAAGUCGUUUAGCCCUGUCAGUUUCCCUGCCCCAUAUGACCUGAACAGUCGUUCACGCGGUGUAGUCAGCUUGGUGCCCGGCCAUUCACAAACAGGCCCGUCGAUGCAACGUUCUACAUGCCUAGUGUUUUCCCAUCCUCCUACAUGCACCCCAUAUAUUUUCCGCCACCUACCUGUGUUGGUACAGUUGAACGGUGCUGGUCCCGUGCGUACCGUAACGUACUCACCCCAGGAACAUUAG